GAGUUUUGAUUUUUUUUUGAGACCAUCUCAGCGCUCGGAUCUCCACUGAACGUUCUCAGAAUAUAAACUCCCAGAGUCUGGACAGCUGUUUGAACACUGGACAACUUUGAUUAUCAGAAGUGUCCAUUAACUGAAUUAUUUAAAAAGACUGGCAGCUGGAGUUCCUUCUUUUCGUGGCUGUCACUUUUUACUUUCACUUUCAAUGCGUUUGUGUCGCAGCAAGAAAUUCAUCUGUUGAAUCAGUCCCUGAUGUUUACAGCAGAGUGUGUCAUGGCGACUGCAGCAGCAGAUGAUCUGCAUCCUCUGAGGCGAAGUAGCAGCAUUGAAUGGUUGCCACCUUCCAUGUCUGAGCUGAGGGUGGUUCUGCUGGGGAACAGCUGGUCUGAGAGGAGUUCAGUGGGGAACUUUAUACUCAGACAGACUGUGUUCAACACUGAGGAAGAACAAGACAAAUGUUUAAGAGUUAACACAACAUUGGAGGAGAACAAAAUCAUCCUUGUCAACACCCCAGACCUGCUUAAACGUGACAUCUCUCAAAAACAGUUGACAGAUUAUGUCAAAGACUGUGCAAGUCUCUCUGAUCCUGGACCUCAUGUGUUCCUGCUGGUUCUACAGCCUGAAGACUUCACUGACAAACACAAACAGAGUCUCUGCAGAGUCCUUGAAAAUUUCAGUGAUCGAUCUUUUGAUCAUUCACUGGUAUUGAUAUCAACACCCAGAGAGGAGAGUCCAGGCUUAAAGAAAAAAUACAAGGAACACCCUCCAUUAAAAGACAUGAUCAAAAAGUGUAAAUACAGACACUUGAAACAGAAACACCUUGACCAUUCAGAGCUGUUAACACGUUUGGGUCAAAUCGUGAAGGAGAACAACGGAGAGCAUGUCAGCCAUGAAGUAUAUGAGGACCCGACUGCUACUCUACCAGGUGAUCAUCAAAGCCCAAAACAAAAGGAAACUCAGCCUUCUCUCGUACAAGCUAUCAGGGCGGCUGGACUGUCUGCGAUUCAAGGACGGUCUCUACAGAACUUGGACUCAGAAAAACCCCUCCUGACUCAGACAGCUGGAUUCAGGAUUGUGCUCCUGGGAAAAAGUGAAAACAAACAGACAAAACUCUGUAACAUCAUCACCCGAGACCAAGCUUUCAAUCUCCCAAAAACGUUCCCAGCAGAGUGGAGAGGAAACCCACUAACAGUGGUGAAAACUCCAGACUUGUUCAGUCUGUCUGUGGAGGCUGUGAGAAGAGAGGUGGAGAGCUGUCUUUGUCCUCCAGGACCAAAUGUUCUGCUGCUGUUAGUGAAACCUUCUGAUUUCACUGAAGAGAACAGACAAACACUGAAGUUCAUCCUCAGUCUGUUUGGUCAAGAUGCUUUUAAACACUCCAUGGUCAUCAUGACACACAGGGGGAAUAAAAGUAGUAUUGUAGUAAGUCAGCUUAUUGAAGACUGUGGAGGACGACAUCAUGAGAUGACACCUGAUGAUCGUAACCUGUUAAUGGAGAAUAUUGAGAACAUUGUGUGUAGAAACAAAGGAACCUGCCUAAUACGGACUAAAGAGUCCAAGUCCGAACGUGUAAAACCAGCUUUAAACCUGGUCCUGUGUGGGAGGAGAGGAGCAGGGAAGACUUCAGCAGCAAAGGCCAUUUUAGGUCAGACAGGUCUUCAUUCAGCCUCCAGCUCAUCAGAGUGUGUUAAACAUCAGGGAGAGGUGUGUGGACGUUGGGUUUCCCUGGUGGAGCUUCCUGCUCUGUGUGGAGAACCUCUGGAGACAGUGAUGGAGGAAUCACUCAGGUGUGUCUCCCUCUGUGAUCCUGAAGGUGUCCAUGCCUUCAUCCUGGUCCUACCUGUGGAUCCUCUCACUGAUGAAGACAAGGGAGAGUUAGAGAUCAUCCAGGACACCUUCAGCUCUUGGGUCACUGCCUUCACCAUGAUCCUGUUCACUGUGGAGUCAGAUUCUACAGAUGCAGCGGUUGUUAACUUUGUAGAGAAGACCAAAGAUGUCCAGGAGCUCAUCCAGAUGUGGGGAGGAAAAUCUUUUGUUCUCAACAUUAAGGACAAGCAGCAGAUCCCAGAGCUGUUGGACGAGUUGGCCAAGAUGACGAUUGAAGGAUCCAAAUGCUUCACAACAGACAUGUUCACCAAGGCUCAGAUGGAGAAGGUCGUAAGACUCAAAGCUGAACUGCGCGAUGUGAAUCAGAGGAGUCAGAGAAGAGAUGCUGUUGGAAUCCAGAGUGGAGAGAGUCUCAGGAUGGUGCUGAUCGGGAAGACUGGCAAUGGAAAAAGUGCGACUGGAAACACCAUUCUGGGUAAAGAACAUUUUAAGUCCACUGCCCACUCAAAGUCUGUGACCAAGUUCUGCAAAAAAGAAACUGGAAAGGUUGAUGGUUGGUCGGUCGCGGUGGUUGACACCCCUGGAUUGUUUGACACAAACCUCUCCAGUGAUGACACUCAACAGGAGCUCGUGAAGUGCAUCAGCUUACUGGCUCCUGGACCUCAUGUGUUCCUAUUAGUGCUGCAGAUCGGGCGCUGCACACAGGAGGAGAAGGACUCUGUGGAACUGAUCAAGAAAUAUUUUGGCAAGAAUGCAGGAGAUUUCAUCAUCACCAUAUUCACCAGAGGAGACGAUCUCGGCCAGUCCAUCGAGAGCUACAUCGAAGACUCUGAUGACUUUUUGAAAAAGCUGAUAAAUGACUGUGGAGGAAGAUACCAGGUCUUCAACAAUAAGAGGCGGACAGACCGAGCACAAGUCACAGAGUUACUGAAAAAAUCAAAAGAAAUGCUGAAGGUAAACAGCGGCAGCUUCUACACCUCUGAUAUGUUCCAAGAGGCCGAGGCGGCGAUACAGAAGGAAGUGGAAAAGAUCCUGAAGGAAAAGGAAGAAGAAAUGCAGAGACAGAGGGACGAGCUCCAGAGAAAGCACGAGGAAGAAAUGGAAGCCAUGAAGAAAAGAAUGGAGCAACAGAGAGAAGAAAUAGAACAGGAGAGGGUCAAACAGCUCAAAGAGAUGGAGGAGAAAAUGAAUAAAGAGCGUGAGGAGAGAAGGAAAGAGCAGGAAAGGAGAGAAGAGGAGGACAAGAGGGAGAAAAAACAGGAUAGACUUAAACAACUGGAGUUGGAGCAAAAACUUGAAACUAUGGAGAGAAAAAUUAAGUCAGAAUCAGAGGAAAAGGAAACCAUUGACAAGAAGUUGGACCUGAGCAGAGAAGAGAUAAGGAAACAACGGGAGGACUGGGAGAGAGAGAGAAAUGAGUGGUGGAAAAACAGAGGUCAAGAAAGUGAACAGAAACGCAAAGAGGAGCAAACGAAAAUGAAAAAGCUUCAGGAGGAAUAUGAGCAGGAAAGAGAAAAACUGCAAAAGAAAAGAAAAGAGGAGGAUCACCUCAGACAAGAACAGGAGGAGCAGGAGAGACGACAGUUAGAGGAGAGCUACAAGAAAAAGAUGGAGGAGAUGAAGAAGAAGUACGAAGAGGAGGCCAGAAAACAAGCCGAAGAACUGAACGAUUUCAGACUGAAAUACACGAAGGACUUUGUUGCGCUGGUGGAGAAACACAUGGAGGAAAUGUACGAAUUGAAGCUAACGCAUCAGAGACAACUGUACGAGACCGAGGGGAGGCGUGACAAAGAGUACGACCUGUUACAAAACCUCUCAAAGAGUAAAGAAAAACACCUGAAAGAAGAAGUGGAGAACUUGAAGAAAAAACAAGAUGAAGAAAUAAAUGAGCUCAAACAAAAAUACAAAAGCAGAUGUGUCAUCCUCUGAUCCUCGAUCAUCUCAAGGUCAUAACAGAUAAAGAAUCAUCUGGUUUCUAUGUUUCUGAUGAACCACAGCCAAUGAACCGGAUGUUUCCUCUGAACGGACACUCUGGAGACCUUACGAUUGUUCUGACACUCCAAGGGGUUCCAAGUUUUAUUGUUCGAGUACUGACAACCAUUUCCAAAACUGUAGCUGAAGACAUAAAUGAAUAUAUAGUGCUAAAGUACUAAACUGUGGGAGACGGAUAAACGAUUAUUUUGGCCAACUGUGGAGGCUCAACUUAAAUCACGUCUUCCGUCAUUGAUGCAUCAUUGAGCUCUUAGACUCCUUGUGAUGGAAACUCCCUGCAUGAAGCUCACAUUUAGGAAGAUGUUAUAAUAUUUUUCCCAAGGUUGUUUUAAGACUGAGUACUUCAGUACUUCAAAAACUGAACUAACAAACCAUGCAUGACAACCAAAGACUGUAUAAUGAAUGGACGUAGUAUCCGUGACGUCACCCAUCUGUUCCUGCAGCGCUGUUUGAAGCUGAUCGUCGGCG